AUGCGCUACAAUACCCAACAUGAGUGGUUUUUAGUAGAAGAACAACCCUAUUUUAUUGUAGAGCCUUCGUCGUUAACACAAAAAAUAAUAGCCUGGCUUAAAGAUCAACCGCCUCCACAACAUUUUGAUUUAUCUAUCAAUGGAAUUUUAUAUCAUUUUAAUGGAUAUUGGAAGAUUCGAUCUAUUAAACUUCGAAAUCAACAUCCUGCUGAAUAUAUAUCAGAAAAUCUACUACCCGAUUCAACUAUGCCAAUCUUAAAAUUUUUCUUGGACUUGUACUAUGAUAACUUUGGUAUAUUUCGUAAUGUAUAUCAUUCAUUAGGUGGUGUAUAUUUACAAAUUGGUAACAUGCCGUGUCAAAUGAGAAAACAAUUACGUAACCAUUUUGUUAUUGGCUUUGUGCCUUUUGAAGGAGAUUUUAAAGAUUUUAUUAAACCUUUUCUUCACGAAAUUAAAAAGCUUGAACAAGGGUUUGUAAUAAAUCUGAAUGGUAUUAAUUAUUGGAUAACAGGAGAGCUAGGCAUGUUUACUGCAGACCUUCCUCAGGGCAAUGAUAUUGCUAGAACGCUAUAUCAUAAUGCAUAUAGGGGUUGUCGAACAUGCAAAGCAUCCAAGGAUCAGUUAACUAAUCUUUCAUUUGAUUUAUAUUAUUAUGGACCAUUAGAUUCACUGUUAUAUGAUCGCCACUUACAUACGCCGCAAGAUGCAUACCACGCAAUUGCUGGUAAAGCUGCUCGAUUACUGGACUGUACUUAUUCAAUUUUAACAUUAUAUGGAGAGAAUAAUUUAAUAAAUUAUUGGAAAAACAUUGAGAUUCCUUCACAAUGGUCCCGCUUGCCAAACCCAAUUACUUAUAGACGCUCAUUUAUGAUGUCAGAUAAUUUAAGAAUUCUUAUGAUCUUUCCCUUUAUAUUAAAACACGAUCGAAUGCCUCAUUAUUCAACACAAUCUAUCUUUAAGCUAUUGAUUGCAACAACACGACAUUGCCAAUUAUUAUCUGGUUGGUGUAUUAAUAAUUGCAGCCUGUCAAUACACUGCUUGAAUGAAGAAUCCGAUCAAUUACAAAUUGAAGUUGAAGCCAAAGGCUUUAUAUCGACUAAUAUUGAGAAAAAUGGUCUACUUAAAGAUAUCAUGAAAGCGUAUUCAUUAUAUUAUUCAUCGGAUCAAGCUCUAUUAGAGGCACGAGUUUAUUUUUAUGAAAAUGUGGCAUAUAAAAUAACCAAAGACAAUGGUGACUAUUAUAAUAUAAAGUUAAAAGUUGGUGAGAUGGUUGAAGCAACACUAAUUGGUGAAAGUGAACAGACAUUUCAGGCAUUUGGCAAAAUAACUAGUAUAAUUAAACAUUCAUGGAAUAACGAUCAAGAAUAUGUUUUUCUUUGCUUCGAUUGGUUGGAAAAUCUUAAUAAACUGGAUUCUUUGUUAGGCUGUCCAGUCUAUCGUAUUCAACAUUCAGAUGAUUCUUUGAAUC